AUGGUGGUCCCGGGGUCGAAGCCCGGCGAGAACGCCCGGUGUGGAAAGAUUGCAACGCCUGGGAUGCCGCGUCUCUCGGACUUCGCGUGGUGCUGCUGCUGCAGGGUGCCCAUAGACUCCCACUGCGAGCCUCCGGAGUGCGUCGUCGACGACGUGGCCCCCUCGAGCGUGCACCCAGCGUCCGGGUGCGCCGUCCACCGCGUCGACGUCACCUCCUCGGAGGGCACGGUGCUGCUGCACUGCGGCGACUUCACCGGCGGCACGAAGUACGGGCCCGAGCAGGCCCCGGGAGGCGCCGCGGGCGUGCGCGACUUCAACUCCUGGCUCGCGGAGGUCCCCUACCGACACAAGGUCGUCGUGUGUGGCAACCACGAGACGACGGUGCCCGCCGACCCCGCCCGGGCGCGGGGGCUGCUCUCCAGCGCGACGCACUACCUCUGCGCCGAGGCUGCCGAGGUGUGCGGCCUGAAGGUCUUCGGCGCCCCGCACCACCCCGGCCGCGGCUGCUGCUACCGGAAGGACGCCUUCGGUGCGUCGCUGCCCGAGCGGGAGAAGGUCUUCUCGCGCGUGCCGCCGGGCACGCACCUGCUGGCCACCCACUGCCCGCCCUACUCCGUGCGCGACGCCGAGAGGCCAGGCCCCGUCGGGUGCGGGGCGGCGCUGCUGGCGCUCCGCCGGGUGCAGCCGGUCGCCCACGUCUUCGGGCACGUGCACCCGCACCGCGGGGUCAGCCGCAUGUGGCACGCGGUGGGCGGCGGGGGCGGCGCGCGGGGCGCGCACGAGCCUGGGCACCCCGCGGCGGCCGCGGUGAUCGGCGCCGCGUCGGGGGCUGCGCUCGGCGCCUCCCAGCGCGGCGCCGAGCCCGCGAGCGGCGGGGCCCUCGAGGCGGAGCUCAAGAGGAGGAAAAGGUGCCCAUGCCGCUGCCCUUCGCCCGUUUGCCCCUCGCGUCGCUCUCCUGGCAGGAUCUCGUCGCCACCGGAGGGUUCGCCUCGAGAUCCUGGUCAGAGCGCACCCCGGGAGGGGUCCAGUGAGCAGUGGUAUCGGCACCUCUUGCUUUCCCCAGGAGGCGGCGCCGGCCGCGUCGGCGUCCACGCUGCUGGUCAACGCCGCGUCCAUAGGCAACGCGGAGGCGGCCGAGCGAGGCGGCGUCGCCCCGCCGUACGUCCUGGAGUUCGUGAUUCACAGCGGCGCCGGGGCAGCGGCGGCAGGGGGCGGUUAGAGUGCAGGCGUUGAUGUACACAUUCGGCCCAUCAGGCGUGGUCGGCAAGACAGGUCGCCGUCGACUGGGCUCUGCUGACCUGCGCACACGUCGACUACACGCAAGAGCCACUCUUGCCUAGGGUCACUCUUGCUUGCGUGUGGCCGAGCACCGCGCUCCCGGGUCGACCGUCAGGGCACCAAGCCCCUGGCUCGCUCUGUGCCGCGGGCUGCUGGCGUCGGUACGACAAUCAGGAUGGGAAA